ACAUGUGUGUAACGCUUGUAACCGUUUGCUCUACUCUUAGCUGUAUACAGAUCUAGUACCGUACCAUAUCAUAUCAUAUUAUGUCCCGUCUAGCGUGGGCCAGUCUUGUGGUAGUGUUGGUGGCUGUGGGAAUCGGCGUCUACUGGAACUACGAUGGCUACGACCCAGAGACAAUACGCGGUGCAACAGUCGUCAUCACUGGCUGCAGUACUGGUAUCGGCGAAGAGAUGGCGUACCAGUACGCCCGACUGGGAGCAAAGAUCCUCAUCACAGCCAGGAGGGAGAACAGGCUGAAGGAGGUCGUAGCGAAAGCGAAGUCCCUGGGUGCCCAGGAGGCGCACUACGUGGCCGGGGACAUGGGGAAGGCGGAGGACUGUGAGAGAACCAUUCAAGUAGCCAAGGAGAAAUUCGGACGUCUUGACUAUCUUGUCCUGAACCACGAAGGGUCAAGUGUCAAGAAUAUCCACGAGUACUUUGGGACAAAGUCUUGGCUGGAGGACCCUGAUAUGGACUUCUUCGUGGACUACAUGAAAAUCAACGUCGUCGCUUACGUCCGGCUGGCCUCCCUGGCACUGCCUCUGCUGAAGGAGAGCAAAGGACACAUCAUUGUUAUGUCGGCUUUCAUUGGGAAAGUUCCGUUUCCGAACAUAACCUGGGGCGUGACGGUGAAGUUCGCCCUUGACGGGUUCUUCAGCUCCCUCCGUGUGGAACUGAUGAAGGCUGGACAGGACGUGUCCGUCACACUGCCGAUACUCGGCAUGAUAAGAACCCCAGCGGCGCAAGAAAUGAUGCAGAAAACGGAGAAGGGACGGGAGUUGCUGAAGAUGGCCGAAAAUGUUAACGAUACAGCCCUGGCCAUCAUCCGGGGAGGGGCCACCCGAGCCCGGGAGGUGUACUACCCGGCCUACAUGUGCUGGACUCUGACCAAACUCAGGGCCAUAGCUCCUGCCUUAGUCGACUACAUCGUCAUGAAUAUGGGAGACUUUUAAUGACUAUCAUGAAAGUUCAUCUGUGUUGGUAGUAAUCAUAGUAAAACGUUGAACUUUAUUCCAACACACAGUUUACAGAGAUCAAAUUUUCA